AUGGCAAAGAGAAACAACAAUAACAAUGAUCUGAAUGAGGUAGUAAAGCAAUUAGCUGAUGUAGCUCAACAAUUAGCUGAAAGGAAUAACAAUAACAAUCCUAACCCUGCUGGGGAGUUGUUUAAGAAGAUAGCCCAAAGCAAACCUCCUACUUACCAGGGAGAACCUGACUCAACUGUCCUUGGAAACUGGUCGAGAGAGUUUGACAAGUUGUUUGUGGCAGUAGCAUGUCCUAAUGAGUCCAAAGUGAGUAGUGUAGCUUAUUAUUUAAGGGGUGAAGCAGAUCUGUGGCGGCAGCAGAAUGAACAAGCUGAGAGAGCAUUACCUAAUUUUGGAUGGAAUGUGUUCAAGGAACAAGUGAGGGAUAAGUUCUACCCUAUAUUCUUGCAGAAGCAUAAAGCUGAUGAGUUCUUGGAACUUAAUAUGGGGACUAUGUCGGUGACUGAGUAUUACAUUAAGUUUAUCGAGCUGUCUAGGUUUGCAGAAGAUACUGUGGCUACUGAUAGGCAAAAAGCUAGAAGGUUUGAGAAGGGAUUGCCUCUUUCUCUCCAAAGAAAGUUGUCAGGACAAGUGUUUGACAAUUUGGAUGAGUUGUAUGGUAGAGCAGCGUAUUUACAUGUGUUAGAGUUGAAGGAGAAAGCUGAAAAGGCUGAGUUGGAAGCUAGGGAGAAAAGAAAGGAGCCUAUGACUAGUUCUGGACCGUUUGGAAACCAGAACAACUUUAAGAAGCAAAAGUUUAACAACCACCAAAGCAAUAACUUCCAGAACAAUAGGAACAACCAAGGUGGGCGCAAUUUUCCUAAGGAAAAUAGGAACCAUCCUGGAGAUCGUAACCAGAGGAUAUAUUACUGUAAGAGAUGUUCCAACAACCACUAA